AUGACAAAUUAAUUAUAAGAAUCCACACAUACGGUUCGGAUUUCAAAGUACAAGGAGCUACGAUAUUGCUGGUUGGAUCAUCAACGCUAAAGCAAAAAAUUAAUUUUUGGGAUAUUAACACUCGAGUAAGAUUAAUUAACAAUCAAAAAACAGGAUGCAGCUGCCAGCGCAUGCAUGGAUCUGGUCAAUCCUAAUAGUGUUUGGCACUUUAGAGGCGCAGGCGCAAUUAAAUCUUGAUAAGCUCGACAUGCAAAGCCAAAUUCCAGAGGAUUUGUUGAAAUCGAAUGUUAGCUUCAAUCAAGCAAAAGAAGCUUUUCGCAAAAAGUGCAUUGAAGUUUCCGGCGAAGAAAAUGGCGAUCGGGCGUACAGCGAUAUAGAGACGGGGUUCUUAACGCUCAGCGAAUGCAUGAACAGCAUUGUUAAUUAUACAACAAUGCAAAAGGAAAUCCAAGAGGCGAGUCCUCAAGGUGAACUGGAUGUGGUCUUCAACAAGUACUGUGCCAAGCGCUCGAAUGCUACAGAAUGUUUCGACGUCUUCACGACGAAACUAAUGCCGUGUUUGGAUGAGAAGGAGAUGGAAAGCAUGGAUGUGAUUAAACAUAUUGUUAAAAGUCUUUUGAACUUUGUGUGCCACAAGGAUGGCGAUCAAAUAGCUCUAUUUAUUGCCGAAGAAGGCUUCGAAUGCCUCGAAUCACAGAAGGACAAUAUUCAUCAAUGCUUCAAUAGCACCUUCUCUACCUACUUUGAUGAGAUUGACAUGCACGACAGCAACAAAAUCAAAACAAUACCCAAACUGGUCGUUGAAGAGAAACAAUGCGGAGAUAUAAUCACAUUUGAGAACUGCGUUGUGCGUCACUUGGAACACUGUUCGAAAAUCACUCCGGCCAAUCUAAUAGAGUCCAUGUUUAAUUUUAUAAGAAAUGAGACUCUGUGCCGCAACUACCAUCAGUUGGCUUUGACUGGAAGCGCGAAUGCGUUUACCAAUGUUGCGCAUAUCAAUAAUAUACUAAUCUAUACAGUCAUGAUCGUCACUCUUUUUAAGUUUUAUUAUUUUAAGUAAUCUCCCUUUUCUUUUCAAUUGCAAUUGGAAUGAAUGGUGCAUGCUUCUGAAUCUAAGCAACAUGCUUGCUUGCCAAAAACAAAAAACAGAAAAAAAUAUUGAGGUGUCAAUAGAGAUUUUUAUCUUUCGGCCAAUAAGAAAAAGUUUUUGAACAAAACACGAUCAAACGAACUUAUAGAAUAUCUUCUUCAUAAUUUGUAUUAUAAAUGUGCUUUGUUUAUUAUUAUUGUUUUUAUUGUAAUCUCCCAUAUCAAAUAUUGAAUAU